GUCGUCGCGGCGACCUGGCUGCCACCAUCGCAGCCAUCCUCCUCCAUCCCGAGGCCCUCGGUGGGGCAAGUCGUCGUGGAGCCCUGCGUGAGCCUUUGGUCAAGAUCGUGCACUUCCUUCGAGCUAUGGACUUUGAAGACGCCGCUGGACGCGAGAUCAUGUUCGAGGAACUCCAGGAACUCAUUGGCCAAGGGCCGUUUGGCUCUCCAUCUGUCUUCAACUUCUACCGCGCGGACUUCCAGUCAAACACCAUGUGUCAAAGAUUUCAGCAAUUCGACGGCGCACCUCCUUCGUCUGCCGGCAGAUGCAGUGGCUCCGGAGGCACAGAUCAUGGAUGCCAGCUUGGUCGAAGGCAACAAUCAGGAUGCCGGUCGUGGUCGGAUGAUCCCAGAAUAUCCCUGGGAGAAUGUCCUUAUGCCUAUUGCUGA